UCCAAUCAGCCGUCAGUGACCACACUCCCAGAGAUCAACUACCUCUGUUUCUUCCGUUCCGUAUAUUUCUGUGAGACAGAGAAGAACAUGGAGAAGAUUGGAGACCUGGUAAUAGACAACGGAGAUGUUGAAGAGGAUAAUUGCUUCAAAGAUGGAUCAAUUUGUGGGUAUGAUUCUCUUCACCAACUACUAAGAGCGAAUCUUCAACCCCAUCACUUUCAGGAAGUCAGCCGUGUGCUUUUAGGGCUAAAUCGUGGAAGACCACUUGGGCAGAUUGCUCUUUCGGAGUCUGUUAAAUCUCUCUCUUCACAGAAUGAUUUUGAUCUCCAGGGGUUUUCUUUUUGUGCGGACAAAGAGUCAUUGAGAGAACCUAGAGUUGUCAGGGUGGGUCUUAUUCAGAACUCUAUAGCAAUUCCAACGACUGCCCCCCUUUUGGACCAGAAGAAGGCCAUCUUUGAGAAAUUGAAGCCAAUUAUUGAUGCUGCAGGUGCUUCUGGAGUCAACUUAUUAUGCUUGCAAGAAGCAUGGAUGAUGCCAUUUGCCUUUUGUACUCGGGAGAAAAGGUGGUGUGAAUUCUCAGAGCCCAUUGAUGGGGAAUCAACAAAAUUUCUUCAGGAAUUUGCAAAGAAGUACAACAUGGUCAUUGUAAGUCCAAUUCUUGAGAGAGAUGUGAAUCAUGGAGAGACUCUCUGGAAUACUGCUGUUGUAAUUGGAAACCAUGGAAAUGUAAUUGGCAAGCAUAGGAAGAAUCAUAUACCAAGGGUUGGUGACUUUAAUGAGAGCACAUAUUACAUGGAAGGAAAUACGGGGCAUCCUGUGUUUGAGACGGCUUAUGGAAAGAUUGCUAUCAAUAUAUGUUAUGGGAGGCACCAUCCCUUGAACUGGUUGGCUUUUGGUCUGAAUGGUGCUGAGAUCGUUUUCAACCCUUCUGCAACCGUUGGUGAACUCAGUGAACCAAUGUGGCCUAUUGAGGCACGUAAUGCUGCAAUCGCAAAUAGUUAUUUUGUUGGGUCGAUCAAUCGUGUUGGGACUGAGGUAUUCCCCAAUCCAUUCACUUCGGGUGAUGGGAAGCCACAACAUGCAGAUUUUGGACAUUUCUAUGGAUCCAGUCAUUUUUCAGCACCUGAUGCUUCUUGCACACCCUCUCUCUCCCGUUAUAAGGAUGGGCUGCUGAUCACGGACAUGGACCUUAACCUCUGCAGGCAAUUUAAAGACAAGUGGGGAUUCAGAAUGACCGCACGUUAUGAGUUAUAUGCAGAGAUGCUCGCAAAUUAUUUGAAACCAGACUUCCAGCCUCAAGUCAUUUCUGAUCCCUCGUUACAAAAGAAGUCUUAUUGAGUUGUGGUACUAAUUUAGUUUGAAAUCCGAAAGAGGUAAAUGAAGUGGAGACGAAAAGAUGUGUCUUAAAUAAGGUCUUGAAUCAAAUAGAUUCAUUUGUUGUUGUUGUGUAUAUAAUGUGUCAGUCAUCUGUCCUUGGACUAAGAUUGUGUGAAAUGUGAAUGAUUUCAAAUGAUGUUGAACAAA